AUGGGGUCGUCUCUGAGCCACUGCUGCGGCAGCGUCGCCCAGCUGGUGGGCGGCCGCCGCCGCGACGACCGCCCCGGCGGGCCGCCGCCUCGCCCGCAGGGCCCGCCGCAGGAGCCCAGCCCGGGCAGCCCCGCGCGGCCGGAGCCACCCGCGUCGCCGGACGACGUGGCCACGCUGGAGGCGCAGGCCGCCAGGCUGCGCUCGUCCAUUGCCCGCAGGCGGAGCGUGGCGGGCUGCAGCAACGACACCGACAAUGUCUCGGGGAUCUCGAACCACUACGAGAGGACGCUCGAGAGGACCGAGCAGCAGCUGCGGGCUGCCAGGAGCCUCCAGGAGAAGGCCGCGCCGCCGGCGGAUCCGGCCCACGCCCGCACCUACUCCGGGACCGGGAGCACCACGGGCAGCUCCGCGAGGUCCUAG